GCCAAGCAUUUGUUGCCAUGGCAACCAUCAUGGCGGACGUCACGAAGCUGCGGGUUCUUUGCCUACACGGUUAUAGGCAAGAUGCUGCUGCAUUCAAGUCUAAAUUGGGAGGCUUUCGUAAAGCAACCAAGUCCUUGCUGGAUCUAGUGUUCAUCGACGCUCCCCACCUCAUAGAGAAUGGAGUCUAUGGAGAAGGAGACACUGAAGGUGGCCGUGCCUGGUGGUUUUCAAGCGAAAAGACAUUCAGUUCCAAGGAGUACACGAACACGUGCCGUGGCUUUGAGGAAUCAGUCAAAGCCAUUGAGCUAGCAUUCAAAGAGCAGGGUCCCUUUGAUGGAAUUCUGGGCUUCAGCCAGGGUGCUGCCAUGACAGCCAUGAUUCUCUCUCUGCAGAGCCUUAAGAAUGUGGAGUGCAGCUUCAAAUUUGGUGUCCUGGUAGCUGGGUUUCGUAGCCGCUCCAGCGAACAUGACUACCUCUUUGCACAAGAGGGUGCAAUAGAUGUGCCUACCCUGCACGUUGUGGGCGAAACAGACAACAUUAUACCCAAAGUGCAAGCAACGGAAAUUCUCCCUUUCUUCGUGUCCCCAAGUGUCCUCUACCAUCCAGGUGGUCAUUUCCUACCAACAGGCAGCGAUUGCAAGACAGAGUACAUUGCCUUCUUCAAGAAAAUGGCUUCUGCACAUAAUGGUACACUAUAAACUGCUGGUUUGCUUUA